AUGCUCUCAAAGGUAUUCAAGCAACUCAACAAAACUCAACUGACCUCAGUCGCUUCAAGAAGUAUGGCCACUCACUCUGAUAAGCCAAAGAGAAUCGUUGUCACUGGUGCUGCCGGUCAAAUCUCAUACUCUGUUCUUUUCAGACUUGCCAGUGGUGCCUUCUUAGGUCCAAACCAAAGAGUCAUUCUUCAUUUACUUGAUCUCCCAAAUAUGGAAGAAGUCCUCAAGGGAGUACAAGCUGAGCUCCAUGACUGCGCUUUCCCACUCUUAGACGAUGUUGUCAUUACCAGUAACCAAGCUGUUGCAUUCAAGGAUGUUGAUUAUGCCUACCUCGUCGGUGCCAAGCCAAGAGGCCCAGGAAUGGAAAGAGGAGAUCUCCUUAAGGACAACGGAAAGAUCUUCGUUGACACUGGAAAGGCCAUUAAUGAUAAUGCCUCAAGAGAUUGCAAGGUCAUUGUCGUUGGAAACCCAGCCAACACCAACUGUUUGAUUGCUCAACACUACGCCAAGGACAUCCCAAGAGAAAACUUCACUGCUAUGACCAGACUCGAUCACAACAGAGCCCUCACCCAACUUGCCCUCAAGACUGGAUCAAGAGUCACUGAUAUCAAGAACCUCGUUGUCUGGGGUAACCACUCACCAACAAUGUACCCAGAUAUUAGAAACACCACUGUAAAUGGUAAAAAGGCCACUGAAUUAGUUGAUUCCAACUGGAUUGAGACCGAAUUCACCCCAAGAGUUCAACAAAGAGGAGCUGAGAUCAUUAAGCUUAGAAAAUUAUCAUCAGCUGCCUCAGCUGGUAAUGCUGCCAUUGAUCACAUGAGGGAUUGGGUUAAUGGAAGUGAUGAGAUGCAAUCUAUUUCAUUCUAUUCUGAUGGAAAGACCUACGGUGUUCCAGAAGGACUCAUCUUCUCAUUCCCAGUUACCACCAAGAACGGAAAGUACGAAGUUAUUAAGGGACUUAACCUUGACGACGAAGUUAGCAGAACCAGAAUUAAGAAGACUACUGAUGAACUCCUUAGCGAGAGAUAGGCUGUUGAACACCUCCUCAAGAUGUAAGACCUAUUCUCAUAUAAUAAGUAAUUAGCUGGAACACCUGGUCCAGGUCAAUAUUAUGACACUCAAAAUAUCACGACAAAUCAGAGUACUCUGACCUCAACCAAACUCUUCGAGAACAGACCUAAUAUGCUUCCUGGAGUUUCAAUUGGCAAGAAAAAGCAAUGCUUAUCUCUAUAUUGUGCCUAAAACUGCUGCAGUAUCUUUAAUACUGCAAGAAGCCACCUAACUUAAGAUAUUCUCGACGGUGAAAUUUUGGUUAAAAACGAAUCUGCCGCCAAAUUAAGAAAUGUUGGACCAGGAGCAUAUGAUGUUAGUCAAGUAAAAGGAUAAAGUUUUAACAUUAGAACUUCAGACGCUUUUCAUCAGAUAUACAAAGAAACGUUUAGAAGACACGCAUCUAACAGUCGUAAUCCCACUUAAGACAGGAGUUUGAGUUCAAAUCGUAACGAUUAGAAACAUAGUGAAUCAACUUCCUAUAAUAAGACUAAAGAGUUGAUAAAUAGCUUUUUCAGAAAAGAUAAGAUUGAGUCUCCUCCAAGAAAGCCAAUUAUUAAUCACUACAGAUAAGCGUCGAAAUCCUCUAUAAAGGACUUAAAGUCAAAGGAGACCCUCACUAACAGUAUUAAGAAAAAUUAAGGCAAUUAUGCUCAUAGAGUCUCUAAAAAAUAAAAUGAUGAUAGUCCUGAUUCAAGAGUCAAAUUGAGUACGAUUUCUCCAAUUGGGUCUAUUAAAUCCAAAAAUAAACAGCUAAGUUAGUCUCCUUAUGUAAAUAACAGAGAUUAGCAAAAGUUUCAAACAUCUUUGAAGAAACCUCCAUUGAGUAAACUAACUCGCAACAACAAUUAAACCUAAAUUGUGUCGGAUUUCAGAACAUAGUAUUCGUAAAAUCAUGAGUAUUAAGAUAGGUAUGAUUAAAGUAAAAUGAUCAAAAGAGAGACAUCAUUAGAGACAAAGAAUCAGAAUAAAAGUCAAAGAAUAAGUAUUUUCGAAGUAAAUCAAGACCACAAUGACAAUAAUAAAACAAAGAAAUAAAAUAAAUAGAAACCAAAGCCAAAGGUUUAAUAACAAAGUUUAACAAAGUAUGAAAUUAAUAGCUAAAACAUAAAUGAUUUGACUUUUGACAAUGAAAAGAAUAGCAGCAGCAAAUAGAGUGCUUUUCUAUUAAAUAAAAAUAAACUCUCCAAAUUUCUACAAAUUAGCGAUAAUCAAGAAGAAAUCAAGGCUUCAACAGAGACUUCAUCUGUAAAUUACGCUCAAAUCAUAAUGAAUAAUUUGAAUCAUAAGAAAAAUAAGAAUACUCAGAGGAUUGUAUUACCUCUUUAUGCUGAAUUUGAGACAAACUUAAGGAAUGAUUAGAUCGAGUCAUCUUAUUAUGAUAGUUGCAAUAUUCCCAAUGAUGAUUCUUAUACUUCAUCGGCAGCUAUUAAUUCUCAAUUUAGAGAGCCAGAUAUUAUUGACGAGCACUCGUAAGAAAGAAGAAUAAAUCCCACAGAUAUCAGAGAGACUUUUAUUGUAAAUAGGAAUGAUAAGAAUAAAUUUAACAGUAGCAGCUCUUUUAUUACUUCUAUCAGUCAACCGAUGAGGCAUUAAUGA